CAGGUCUGGGAAGAGACAGACAGGGAAACGCGGCUGGAGCGGGGAAUGAUGGCGGUGAACAGGAGGAACCAACAACUUUAAGAGAAAGAAAAAACAGUUUAAAAACAGGAUUGGUGCAAGUUUUUAUUUCUAAACCCAGGGCGAUGAAACGGACAGUUAAGCUCCAGAAAACCUCCGCCUGACCCACUGCUCCGGUGCCGUGAAGCCUCCUGUUGGUUCCCCACCAACCUGCGUGCUCUGCCCCUAAAAGCCGGCUUCUUGGGCUAAGAUAUAACCAUGAUUAAAGCGGAAACUAAAGGGGAGAGGACCCUACGGAGCGCAUCCCCUCACAGGAACUCCUACAAGUCCGACUUCCACGCCAUUAAAUGCUCCUUUGACGGACUAAAGCCAGAGGGACCUUCCAAAACCUUUGCAAAUGGAUCUACUGACUCCCGGGAGGACUCCAGGGGGAGACCUUUUGGCACCAGGGUGAACAAGAUAAAAAACAUUUUCCUGCAAAUGGACGGUCAGCUGCAGGAGGCCCAGGAGGGGAAGCCAGCCCUGAAGUCAGAUGUCCCCCAGGCCUCCCCACCAAAGAUGCAGUUUCCUGUUGUUGCUCCAAGGGUUAGCUUCAACAGUGCUUCAAGCCCCGAGUUGCACAGUGCAGAGAAAACUUCCAAAGGAGAAGAUGUGGAGAUCGACAAGGUGGCUCUGGCAGAAAAGUUCUCCGUGACCAGGAAGCUGUUCGAAAGGGGCCUCAAAGAGCCGCCUGCGGCAGAGAAGCAGACUCCAAGCAGGGUAGUGAACCGUUUAUCCCUCGGAAGCUCCUCCGAUGAUGGGAAAAGUGGACGGAGAACUUCGGGAUCCGUGGAAACGCCAAGUAAAUCUGAGCAAACUGUUGUAUCACCCCUUAAAAGUCCUUUGGAGGAUGCAGCAGAUGAGAAAAAGCAUUCGUCCAAAAUGAAUGUAGGGCCCAUGUCGAUGCGCUUGGAAACUAAUGCACCAGAAAAUGCUGAUGCUUCUGGUGGGAAAGAAGGGUUGCCGUCUUCUAAACACAGCACCCCUGAACACAUGCAGCCUGCUUCUGUAAAAGAAGCCUCAGAAUCCUCAUUCAUAGUGUCCAGUAAAAGCAAGGACUGUAAAUCUUCAAGUGUUGUGUUUAAGUCCACAUUCCAUGGUAGCAGUCCAACAUCUAAAUCAAAUUCUUUGACAACUGAUGCCACUCACAAGCCCCACUCAGCAGAGGAAACUACCACAACCACCCACGGCACCAAGCUCUCUUCUGUUGAUGGCUUUAGUCGGACAUCUGCUGGAGGGGAUGGAGGCAAAGCGCAUAGCACCCCCUCAAGGGAUGCGAAACAGCCUUUUCCAUCAGCUGAUGGCCCGCAGAGCGCCAGCAGGGACAAAACCCCAGAAAGAGCCCAGAAGGAUGAUGAUGCAACCCUUAGCCCCAGAGGGGACAAACCAACCGGCCAGACGUCGGGCGCCAAAGGCGCCGGCACAGUACGGGCUGAGCUGGUCGUGGUGCAGAAUGAAUCCUCAGAAAGUGACGAGGAGGAUGAUAAUGUGUUUGAAGAGCAACAGCACAAUGACUUUGGAGGAAGCUUUACACCAGAAAAGGUGAAGCUCGACACAGUUAAUCAAGUCACUUCGCAGGAAAGAACUAAAGAAGAACAAAGGGCGGCUGGUGUUGUGGAUGAGGGUAUAGUUCUGAAAGAAAAGAGAAGGGAAGACAGUUUAGCUGUGAGCCAGGAUGGUGAAGACGAUGAGAUCGAGGAGCAGGAGGACCAAUGCAGUCAUGGCAGAGCUUCUCCUGUAGUCUGUGGUAUCGAGAAUGCAGCAUUCAUGGAUGACAAGGAUGUAGAACAGAUCCUGAGGGAAGAAGAAGAAGAAGAAGAAGAGGAGGAGGAGGAGGAUCAAGAGUAUAAGGAAUAUGAGGACUGUUAUGAGGCCCCUGGUUUGUCAGAAGAAGACGAGCCUCCCUCCAAGAGAAAAAUCCAGUUCUCCACGGAUCCUAUCCUGAUCUUCAGCACCUUCUCCAAUGAAGACUAUGAUCGGCGCAAUGAUGAUGUUGAUCCAGUUGCGGCAUCUGCAGAGUAUGAGCUGGAAAAGAGAGUGGAGAAGAUGGAUGUGUUUCCCGUCGAGAUUCAGAAAGGAGACAAUGGCCUUGGUAUUAGUAUCAUUGGAAUGGGAGUUGGAGCUGAUCAGGGUCUGGAAAAGCUUGGCAUAUUUGUAAAAACUAUAACCCAGAAUGGAGCUGCGGAGAAAGAUGGACGGAUACAGGUGAAUGACCAGAUAGUGGAGGUGGAUGGUGUCAGUCUGGUGGGAGUCACCCAGCUGUUUGCUGCAACUGUCUUGAAAAACACUAAAGGCACUGUCAGCUUCCUGAUUGGUCGAGAGAAGCCAGGAACUCAAAGUGAGGUUGCCCGCCUCAUAAGCGAAACACUGGAGCAGGAGAGAAACCAGCAGCAGCAGAACCUGGAUGACCCAUAUGAGCACUCCACAGAGGAGGAGGAGCGAUAUGACGACGAAGAGGACGUGGUAGAAGAAAAGAUUCUGGGAUCUAAUUUUUCUCCAGGGCGGAAUGUGGAGGUUUUUGAGCUCCCUGAGUCGGAAGCCAUGUUUAUGCCAACCAACAUGGACAGCUCUCAGAUGUCUUUCAGAUUCAAAGAGCUGCAACUUAAACACAGCAUUGCAAUGGAGGACAUUAAUCAUCUAAAAGAAAAGGUGCAUGAACUGCUGGAGGAAAAAUCUUUGUGGGAAACCAGGGAGUCUGCCCUAGAGCAAAAGAUUGACGACAGUAACGACAAGAUCCAAAAGCUGGAGAGCUACUGGCUGGAGGCCCAGGCUGUGUGUAAGAGUGUCAACGAACAGCUAGCUGAGACCCAAACGCAGUAUGAGGCCCUGGACAAGAAGUACAACAAAGCUAAGAAACUUCUAAAGGACUACCAGCAAAAAGAGAUAGACUUUGUGAAGAAAGAAGAGGAGCUGAAGAAGGUUCUAGAAGAAAAAGACCGCUGGUAUAAAGAGCAGCUGGAGAACCUACAGAACAGGAUAUCUGCUCUAGAGGACAGAGGUGCUUCAGGUGUGGAAGUUCAGAGCGGUGAGGAUUCUGCGACCGAGGAGAGACGAAGCAGCCAAGACUCGGUUACAAACACUCAGUCGACUGACUCACUGCUAGAACAAGAAUGGAUCGAGUCGAUCCCCGAAACCAAGCGCUUGGACACCAGCGUGCACAGAGCCAAAGGCCAGCUGGCUCAGAUGGCCAAGCGUCAGCCUCCGUCCCGGAACAAACUGAAGGAAAGCCUCGCCGUGGCUUCGUCCUAUUCUCAGGAAACCGAAGAAGAGGACAAGCAGGAGGAGCUGGAUUCUUCCAGCAGUCGGAGGUCCACUGGGGAGAACCUGCUUCUCCCGGUUAGCGCCUGUUAUCCUGGGAGUGGACGGAAAGAUGAUCCAAGCGAGAGCACGGACGCUGUCAGGAGUAACGUGGAGCUCUCCAGCAGCCCGUCGUUGUCGCCAUCGCAGGGAGAAAGUCCUGAAAGCAGCAGCCCAACUUUGUCCCCUCCCAAACACACGUCCUCGCCGCAUUCCCCCACCAGCUUCAUCCGCAAGAAGAGGGAGUCCAAAGGCAAGACGAAGGAGUCAAAAGAAGACUUCGGUGAAACUUCUCAAGGAGGAAAACCUAAAAGGCGGUUUCCAGAUUUUGGCAGGGGCCUCCGCAAGUCAGGUGGAAAAGGAAAAAAACAUGACAAGGAGGCUUUCAGAGCAUCUUUGGACAGCAGGGGGUCUGCAGAGUUACUGGAGGAAUCUGGUGGAAACUUGUCUCCUGCGGAAUCAAUGACCGCCAUCCCCACAUGUUUACCCUUCUCCUGGUUUGGAGACAAAGAAAAGGAUAGAGACAGAGAAGGUCCGUCCUCCAGCAGCAGCAGCCUCCCGUACACCGCAACCGAGCCCAGCAACGAGCAGAACCAUGAACGCAGAAACAAGACAAAUCUCUCCUGGUCUUCUUUAUUCAGUCGCUCAUUAGAUUUGAGUUUUUCAGUGGUUGAUGAUUCUAACCCUGCCAGCCACAGUUCAGACAUCUCUGGGUUAGUUGCUGAACCCAGUCUGUCUGGGCGCUCACACACUUUAAUCUUCUCUUCCAGCGAGACUUUGGAGGAUGAACCAGCAGCUGCAGGUAAAGACUAUCAAUGGCACAACCGUCCGGUCAGUGAGUGGACCAAUCAGCAGGUCUGCCACUGGUUGAUGGGCAUGAACAUGGACCAGUACACGACAGAAUUCACUGCCAAAUCUGUGGACGGCCAACAGCUCCUGCUGCUGGACAGCGACAAGUUAAAGGCUCUUGGUGUUUCAAAUCAAAGCGAUCGCUCAACUAUCAAAAAGAAACUGAAGGAAAUGAAAAAGGCUCAGGAGAAGAUGGAGAAACAGCGAGAGAAGAGGGAGAAGGAGAGCCGGCGUAGUGGGAAGCUGCCCGUCCCUUCUGACUCUGUCUGCUGAGGUAUCCGACUCAGAACUCUCAAUAAAGGGAUCCCAUGAAGUUCACAAUCACACGGUAACAUUCUUUUCUGGAACUGAAUGACAGAGCGUUUGUGUCAGCCUGAACCUUGCUGCUAGAAUGCUGUCUGACUGCUCAGAUGCUCAGCCUGGUGAUUCUAAAUUACCAGUUGGAAUUUAGGCAUCUGUCUGACCUGAAACCAUCAGUACUGAAUAUACAGGAGGCUGGUAUUUAUGUUGUCUCUUUCAGUUUUUUUCUCCCAAAAUCAGCUUGAAACAGAGAAGUCGUGAUAAGUUUGGUGACCAAAAAUCCAGAUUUUUGUACCACUAAAAAAGCUAAAACACUUUGAUUUUUUUAUCAUUAUUCUGAUCUAAUGUUGUUCUUUAAAAUCACGGCCACAAUGAUUUGUUUUUUAAUCAUUUUAUAUAUUUGCUGAACACCUGAUUCCACGUUUGGCGCCCUGCUCCAACGUGUUGUACAGUUCAGAUAAAAGCACUAUAUUUGUCUUUUAAGCUUCAAGGGGCAGCUGUAUAAAUAUGUUUUCUAUGUGUGCCUGUUAACUGCAUAUCUUUUUUUCCUUCCUUUUUUUUUUUACCUUAAUUCCAAUAUGUGUUUUAUACUAUUCAAAUGUUUCUACUAAGUAGAAUAGCAGGAAAAAAUUAUUUUUGCAGAAAAGAAACAAAUGAGUCUGUUCUGUGCAGAAAAUAACAUGAAAUUACAACAAAAAAAACUGUUUUCUGACUUUUGACAGUCAGAGAAGCUGUUUUUGGCACGUGCAGUAUCAAUAAACUCACUUUUUAUUA